AUGGCGUGGGAGCGGGAGGAGGUGGCGUUGGCCUUGGACGUGGACAAUGCUGCCUUGGCUCGCCUGGACCUGGAGCGGCGCGUGGGGACCCUGCAGGACGAGAUCGCCUUCCUCCACAAGGUCCACGAGGAGGAGCUGCGGGAGCUGCAGGAGCAGCUGGCCCGGCAGCGGGUGCACGUGGAGGUGGACGUGAGCAAGCCGGACCUGACGGCCGCCCUGCGCGAUAUCCGCAGCCAGUACGAGGCCAUGGCCGCCAGCAAUGUCCAGGAGACCGAGGAGUGGUACAAGUCCAAGUUUGCAGAUCUGACGGACGCGGCCGCCCGACACGCCGAGGCCUUGAGGGUGGCCAAGCAGGAGGCCAACGAGUACCGGCGCCAGCUCCAGGCCCUCACCUGCGACCUGGAGGCUCUGCGGGGCUCGAACGAGUCCCUGGAGAGGCAGCUGCGGGAGCUGGAGGAGCGCUAUGCCCUGGAGACGGCUGGCUACCAGGACACAGUGGUGCGGCUGGAGGAGGACAUCCACAGCCUCAAGCAGGAGAUGGCCCAGCACCUGCAGGACUACCAGGACUUGCUCAACGUCAAGCUGGCCCUCGACAUCGAGAUCGCCACGUACCGCAAGCUGCUGGAGGGCGAGGAGAGCAGGAUCACCAUCCCUGUGCAGAGCUUCUCCAGCCUGCAGAUCCAAGAGACCAGCCUGGACACCAAAUCUGUGUCAGAAGCCCAUGUGAAGAGGAGCAUCGUGGUCAAAACUGUGGAGACACGAGAUGGAGAGGUGCUGAAGGAGUCCAAGCAGGAGCACAAGGAGGUGCCGUAGCCGCAGCAGCCGCUCCGUCGGUCCCUCCCGGUGGGCAGGGCAGGGCAGGGGGCUCGGGGCACGGGAGGGGUCGGUGCCUGCUCGGAGGGGGCAUCUCCCUCCCGUGCACCCCUCGGGAUGCUGCCACAUUCCCACAGCACGGGGCACUGGGGUUUGGGGGCUCUUCCUGCCUCAUCCUGGGUCUCCAGGGAGAGUCUGUCCUCUUUCAAUCUCCCAACACGAUGGUGGCAAGAGCAAUGUCCCUGCAUCCAUCUGGGACACCUCCCUGGAUCUGCCCGGUGCACCUGGACCCUGAGCACCCUGGGAUGGGGGGAUGAGGGUGCGAGGUACCGGCUGGAGAGGGACAUUUCCCUGUCACCAAGCACUGGGUGAACUCAGCUGGGAGGCAGGGGCAGGAGGAAGGGGAGGAUGGAGAGGCAGGGGAGGAUGGAAGAGGAUGAUGGAAAGGAAGGGGAAGCGUGGAGAAGCAGUUUGCUCUUGGGAUGGUGUCAGGGGGUGACAAAACUGGCAUCAGGAGGGGUUCCUGAGGGUGCUGGGGUGUCUGGGGUGGGUUGUGGAGCUACACAGUGGCCUCAAAGGCUUCUUCUGGCACAGAGCCAUGGGGCUGGGUGACUGUCACCAAGGCAUCCCCAACACCGGCAGGAAAAACCAGAUGUGAGGAGCUCAUGGUGAGGGGUGACCCACAGCCCUGUGCUGGGGGAAUCUCAUGCAGGUGAAAAUGGAGUGGAGAGGGGUGCAGAGGAGGAGAAGGAAGCUGUCAGAGCACCUGUGAGGGUCUCACAGCACAAGGUGCCACCUGCAACUAAGGAGUGACAGAGGAGUCUCGUCACUUGGGGGGUCACACUGGGAGCCAGGGGCUCUGGGGACUGGGGCUGCCCCAGCCACAGUCCCUGCCCCACACAGAGCCUGAGUCACCCCCUCCAUGGGCAUCCAGGAUGGGAUUGGAAGAAACCCCUUGUCCCUGGGCUGCACGGGGCCCUGUGCCCCAUUUGUCCUCCCCCAGGGUCGUUGCCCAGCCUGGUGCUCGCCCACAGCCCUGUCCCCACCUUCACUGCAGCCCCUGACCACGAGCAGGACCUGCCUGAUGCCACCUGACAUAGGAGCAAUGAGCCAGCAGCACUUCCCGUGCCCUGUCAUCCUUGGGGAUGAGCAGACAGCUGCCCUUGGGUGCUGUCCCCUCGGUCACCUUGGUCAGGUGCUGAGCAGCUUUGCUCUGACUCCAGAAACGCAACACCCAGCCCCAUAACUGCUGUUCCCAGGGCAGGAGGUGUUCUGGGUGGUCCCAGGGUGGGAAUGCAGGGGGAUGGUGCAGGGCUGGGACACCGUGAGCAGCUUCCCUUGCUACCGAAUUAAUGCACUAACGCUGCCGCAGCUCGGGAUGAGAAUAAAGCUAAUGAGCACACUUG